GUGAAGACAUAUUUGUAAGAACCACAAGUGCCCAGGCCGGGACACAGGGAACAGAAACUCCAGCAGAUUAACCGAUCUCAUGAUUUUUCCUGAUGUUUGGCAGUGACACUGAGAGAGGAGUGCAUGCCCCCUUUAUAUGUGGAUUUAUUUUUUAAGAAAAGUUUUUUUUGGUCCGGGACAAUUUGUUGUUGUGAGACACAUCAGACAAUUUAACCAUGGGGCAAGCUGACGUCUCCAGACCGGUAAAUCCAGAUGCAGUUGAAGAAGCAAGCCACCCCACUGCAGACCCAGGCAUGGUCAUGGACAGUGUGGAAGCAGGAGACACAACGCCUCCCACCAAAAGGAAGAGCAAGUUCUCAGGCUUUGGCAAGAUCUUCAAGCCCUGGAAAUGGCGGAAAAAAAAAAGUAGUGAUAAAUUCAAAGAGACCUCAGAAGUUUUAGAGCGAAAAAUAUCUAUGCGAAAACCAAGAGAAGAGCUGGUUAAAAGAGGGGUUCUGCUGGAAGACUCUGAGCAGGGUGCUGAGGAUCCAGGGAAGCUGAGCCAUGCCAUGUUAAGAAAUGGCCAUACUACUCCCAUAGGGAGUACCAGAUCUUCUAGUCCAGACCAAGCAGAAGAGGAGUUAGGAAGAAUAGCAAGUCUUAGGAAACCUGUUCCAGAAGAGGACUCAAAGAAGCGACUAGGCUCAACUGGAAGCCAGUCUAAUUCUGAAGCAGAGUCCGUUCCUGAGAAUGCACCCAAACAGCCUUUUCUUCCCCCUAAAAGACCUUUGUCCUCUUCUCAUGAGGGGCAAGCAAGUGAAGGGCAAGCAAAGGAUGCCACUUCCUCUGGCAGCACGACCAGGUCCAUCUCCUCCACCUCCACUGCCGCCUCCACCACGGCACCUGCUGCCACCUCUGUUGCCACAAACCCGACAAAAACUGUUAGUUCUUCUAUACCCCCCACCCCAGCACCCAGGACUCUGCCCACUGCUCCUGCCAGCACUAACACUACUGCUACCCCAAGUCUCACUCCUACGGUCCCUGCCAAGCAGCCCCCGAUCCCUCCCCCUAAACCAGCUCACAGAAAUAGCAAUCCUGUCAUUGCUGAACUGUCCCAAGCAAUAAACAGCGGUACAUUGUUAUCAAAACCAUCCCCACCCUUACCACCUAAGAGAGGCAUUCCAUCAACGUUGGUACCCGCCUCGGAGUCUGUUGCUGCUGCCACCACAAAAGCACCAAGUGAUCAGAGAGAAAAGAACACAUGCUCUGUGGGCUCUGAACCACUGUUGAUGAUCCCACCUUCCUCUCCAUCCCCUCCACUGCCUACUCAUAUACCUCCUGAACCCCGACGGUCCCCUCCAUUCCCUGCUAAGACUUUUCAAGUUAUGCCAGAAAAUGAGUUUCCACCUUCCUUAGACCUACCCCAGGAGGUUUCCCAGCCGGAAGAUCAGAAAAAGGAAAUACCCAAGAGGAUGCUGGACCACAGCUUUGGGGAGCCCCAGAUACCCUGUAGGCUGCCUCCACUCCCACUGCAUAUCCGUAUCCAGCAGGCCCUGACCAGCCCACUUCCCAUGACUCCUCCCUUGGAGGGCUCUCACAGAGCUCAUUCCUUGCUCUUUGAGUACAGUGACAACUUUUCUGAGGACAGCAGUACCCUGGGUCGGACCAGGUCACUUCCCAUCACUAUUGAAAUGCUGAAAGUUCCAGACGAUGAAGAAGAAGAACAAACCCACCCAUCUGCACUCAUUGAAGAUGUGGCAUCUACCUCAGCUGUUCCUAAACUACCACAGUGUCUGCAGGAGGAAGAGGAAGAGAAGGAGAGUGACUCUGAUUCAGAAGGUCCCAUUCAGUACCGAGAUGAAGAGGAUGAAGAUGAGAGCCACCAUAGUGCUCUGGCCAACAAAGUGAAGAGGAAGGACACACUGGCAAUGAAGUUGAACCACAGACCCAGUGAACCAGAGCUGAACAUGAAUUCUUGGCCUCGGAAAAGCAAAGAGGAGUGGAAUGAAAUACGGCACCAGAUUGGGAACACGCUGAUCCGACGACUGAGUCAAAGACCGACACCAGAAGAACUAGAACAGCGAAAUAUACUACAACCUAAAAAUGAAGCUGAUCGGCAGGCAGAAAAACGAGAGAUUAAACGUCGGCUCACUAGAAAGCUCAGUCAAAGGCCAACUGUGGCUGAACUACUUGCCAGGAAGAUUUUGAGGUUUAAUGAAUAUGUGGAGGUAACAGAUGCUCAAGAUUAUGACCGGCGAGCCGACAAACCUUGGACCAAACUGACUCCUGCUGACAAGGCUGCUAUAAGAAAAGAAUUAAAUGAAUUUAAAAGCUCAGAGAUGGAGGUUCAUGAAGAGAGCAAACAUUUUACACGCUACCAUCGUCCAUGAUGCUGAAGUCUGAGAGAGGAACUACACAACCCCCAAAACAGGGCUGCUUGGCUGCUUCAGUCUCAGAGCAAUGUGGAAGGAAUAUCUGCACUUCCCAGCACAACCAGGAUUGAGUCGUCUGGGAUGUAGUUCUGGGGCGAACAGCACUUAUAUGAAUGUAGCAUUUCACUGGAAUGGGUGGUCAUGUGCUACUCUGGGCAAAACUGAACACUUUGUCAGUGCUUUUGAACUUUCAAUAUUGCAGCAUACUUGAGGGGUCCUCCUCACCAGCCACCCGUGCUCUGGGCCACCCACACCCUUGCCCCAAGAUGACUGCCUGUGCUAGGCACCAUUAGCCUUAUCUGCUCUGUCCUGGUUGUAAGAUCUCCUUGUGGAAGACCAAAUCCCUGAUCAUUGGAUCAGACCAAUGUCCAAUCCACCUGGUGGUGGGAAGAACCUUCUGGAGGCCCUCAGCCUUCUGGCAAAGGGUACCCCACCUCCAGGGCACCCCUCCAUACUGCACUGGCAUGUUAGUUGAAAGCACUGCACUAUACCUCUCAACACAGCAAUAUAGUCCUCUUCAGGCAGUCCAGUCUGAAAGAAGCUCAGGAUCUGACAUGCUCUUCCAUUUUGGCACAAGUCAUCCUGAUUUUUAUUUUUAAAAUUAAAAAAAAAAUCUUGAAGAGGUGCUGGAAACUUAAGUUUUGAGCUGCAACUAGAUUCCAAGUCAGGAAAAUGAGAAAACAUAUAUGUUUUCUAUAUACAAAACCAAAACCAAAAAAGGCCUUUAUCAUUAAUGCCAACUUGGCAGAAAACUAACUCAUGGCUUAAAUUUUAUAAGCUGUUGUACUUUUGUCAUACCAAAUGAUAUUGGAACUCAUCUGACCAAUAGAUAUAUUCUCCUCCUCAACUCUGUGGGAGCAGCCAUCUGCUUUGGGGCCCCACACUUCAGCCAGAAUCACUACAAGGUCUAGGGCCACGGGGUCCAGGUGCUGGACCAGAAGUCUCUGGAGGAGGAAGUAGGAGGGGCACAAUCAUGACCAGCUCCUCCUCCCUUCUCCAUGCUGUUGGCCCUCUCUCUCCCCCACUACCGCCCCCCGCCCCCCCAGCCUCCACCUGCUGAUCCUCUGGCAGCUUCUGCCUCACUUUAUCUCUCCUCUGCCAAGCAGUAGCCGGUGUCAUUGGUGCCCAGGCCUUGACUCAGCCCCCGCCCCUUUUUGUAUUUGUAAUAUAUAUUAAUAUGAUUUCCUAAAGCAGAAAAUUGUUUUCUUUGAGUUUUUAUUUUGCAAACCAUACAGCCUUACCAUUUCCUUCUAAUAUCUGUUCAUACUAAGUGGAAGAAAAAAAAAUAUUUCCUAUUUAACUGAUAAAUUUGGCUUUUUUCCCCCCUUACUUUAAUGUUCAGAAAGUUGUGGCUGUAUCCUAGAUCCUUCUGCGAUCCCUGUUCUGUUGGAACUGUUCAGUAGAUGUUCUUUUAUGGCCAUAUACUAUUUGCUGAAAAAUCAGAAUAUCAGGUCAAAACAGAAGAGCUGAGGUGACCUUAAAAGAUAGUGUCUUCUCUCUGUAAGGGAAAUAACAAAGUAUUCAGAUUUCUCAGUUACCAUUAGAUGCUCUGCAGCUAUGGAACUACAGUGGGUCCAUAGCUCCUUGAAGCUCCUGACAUUUGGCGUGACUACAGUAAGAUAAGUGACGAUUCUGCACAGUGGUUAGAGGCCUGUACAUAAUGUGGCCACACACAUGACUUCCUCUCUCCGUUGGUUUGGAGGCUGUCUGGCUUAUGCCAGCAUUCUCUAUGGCUUGAGGUGGCAUUUUCAAACCCUUCUUCCACUGCCUGACUUUCCCUUAAUGUGCCAAGUUUGAAACAGGAUUUGAUUUCCUGAGCCAAGUCUGCUCUGUGUGCCGCCAGGGACUCUACUUUGUCUUUCAUCUCAUCAUGUUCUUUUGAAACAAGAUACUUUGGGGGUCAAGUCUUUUCAGGUGUUUAUAUAUAUAUAUAUAUAUGUAAUGGAUCUGUGUUCCCUUUUUGUAUAAGUAACAAUUCACAAUCAAAAUGUAAAAAAGAAAUAAAAGUCUGAUGUAUUGUACUUCAAGAUGCUUCCCUGAUGUACAGAAUCUCCUUGUAAAGUAAAUAAUUGCAUUGUAUAUCAGUCUUCCUAUCAAUAUUAAUUAUAAAGUAUUUUAGAAUUAAAAAAAAGUCAAACUAUACUA